CGCUGACUUAUACCACAGACCACAUCUCACUAUAUCACCCUGUCAUUCCGUCAGUCUGAGUGGCAAUCUUUACUGGUCUGACAAUCUGCUUCCCCGCGCCUGGGACGCCCGCCCGCAUCAAUACUCGUCCGCACCUUAGCGUCACUUGGGAGACUCACCCAUCCACGCUUGGUCGUCCGACAUUUGUACAGUCCAGCGCUGGAGCAGCAGCAACCGUGCUCCUUCCUCUGCAAAUCGUGCUGCAGAAUGUCGGUACCUGCUAGGCGCACAGCUCGAGGAGGUGCUAAGCUGAAGGCUCCCAAGCGGCCUGGCUUGGAUUUGAGCGGCGAUGAGAUGCUCAAACGCCUCAAUCUGGCAAUAUCUCAGAUCCAGAACCACAACAUCUCUACACUCAGCUACGAAGAACACUACAGGUACGCUUACAAUCUUGUGCUCUAUGAUCAAGGGGACUCGCUCUACAGCGCUGUGCGCAAGCAGAUUGCGAGUCAUCUUGAAAGACAAUGCUCGGAAGACGUGGGCCCCACGUUUCCGGCGGGUGCGAGUGUCGCCUCCUUACCUGAGCACAUACGAGCUCUCUCCAAAGCUGGCAGAGAUAGCAGCAAAGGCAAAGCUUCUGCACGAGCAUCUUCAAGCACGACCAGAACUACCGCAUCUAUCGAUGGGCCAAGCGCUGGAUCUGCGUCCAUUACACUCAGCACGGCAGGGGGCGCAGGAACGAAAGGCGACAAGACAGACGCUGCUGCUUUAGCUCAAGCAGGGGAGCGCUUCCUUCGAGCGGUUCGAGAUGUGUGGGACGACCAUGAGGCAUGCAUCAGGAAGCUGAAGGAUGUUCUGAAAUACGUGGAUCGUGUGUAUGUUGCAAAGGCUCAGGUGCCAGAGAUCUACGACCUAGGCUUGGAGCUCUUCCGCGACACUGUCUUGUUUGCGACAACCCAUGAGAUCCGCUUGCACCUCUAUCACACCUUGCUGAUCCAGAUCCAGCUGGAAAGGGAAGGAUCUGUCAUCAAUCGAAGCGCUCUCAAAUCGAACAUCGACAUGCUUUCCGCUUUGGCGAUGGAUCAAAGAUAUCUCGGCUCGAGCAAGCCCAGGACUGUCUAUCAAGCUGAAUUUGAGCCCGUGCUUCUAGCUGUCAGCACUGAAUUCUACAGAGCAGAAGCAACGCGUCUACUCGACUCUCGCGAUGCUGGCGCUUAUCUCAAGUACGUGGACAGGCGACUUAAGGAAGAGACGGAGCGCGUGGGCCUCUACCUCAACAACGCAACCGAAGCACCUUUGCGCGAGAUUCUCAAGAAAGAAUUGUUAACGCACCACCUGCAGACAAUCGUGGACAUGUCGGGAUCUGGGCUCGUCGCCAUGUUGGAUCAAGGCAGAGAUGAUGAUCUAAUGCGCAUGUAUGCCCUAUUCAAGAGGGUCCCGGAAGGUCUUCCCACGCUCAAUAAGGGCAUCAGAUCAUACAUCGCGAGUAGAGGCAAAGCUAUCAAUGAGCAAGUCAGCAACAAGACAUCGCCGCCGGCAAGCACUGCUGCUACAUCAGGCUCUACGAAUACGGAUGCGCCAUCUAUCGAUGGAGAAGGGCAGGUGGAACCCAGCGCGGCCGGCAAAGCGCCCAAGAGCAGAGCUGCGGCUCCAGCGAACGACGCUAACGCCGCAUCCACACCUCAGGCUGCCUUGGCCCUGAAAUGGGUGGAGGAUGUCUUGGCUUUCAAGACUCGAUUUGACCAGGUCCUGCGCGACUGUUUUUUGGAUGGCAAGACGGCAGACGCGGGAUGCGAGACUGCUAUCAAUGAGGCGUUUGAGUCGUUCAUCAACAGCAAUGCAAGGGCCCCGGAAUUCAUCUCGCUCUUUAUCGAUGAAAAUCUUAAAAAGGGUCUCAAAGGUAAAACCGAGGAGGAAGUUGAUGUAGUAUUAAACCGCACCAUCCUGGUCUUCCGAUUCCUCCACGAGAAGGAUGUUUUUGAGAGGUACUACAAAAGCCACCUCGCCAAGCGAAUGCUCCAAGGACGGAGCGUGUCCGAUGAUGCCGAGCGCGGUAUGAUGGCGAAGCUGAAGAUCGAAUGCGGUCAUGGCUACGUUCAGAAGCUACAAGGAAUGCUGAACGACAUGAAGGUGUCAGAAGAUACUAUGAGCGCAUUCAACGAGUCCGUACACCGUACUGGACGGGAAAUGCCAUUCGAGCUCUCCAUCAACGUCCUCACCUCGACAUACUGGCCAAUUUCUGCGGCUGCACAGCCUUGCACCAUGGCUGCGACAAUGGUCGAGGCUCGCGAGAUCUUCACUAGGUUCUACCAGUCGCGACACAGUGGUCGCAUUCUGACUUGGCAUCCCAACUUGGGUAAUGCGGAUGUCCGCGUGCAAUUCAAAUCGCGCAAGCACGAGCUGAACGUGUCCACGUACGCGCUAGUGGUGCUGCUGCUCUUCCAGGACGUCGCGGAAGAUCACGCGAUCAGCUACCAAGAAAUAGCCGGCAGCACCGGCAUACCCGACAGUGAACUGCAGCGCACCCUUCAAAGCUUGGCUUGCGCGAAGUACAAGAUUUUGAUGAAGGAGCCCAAGAGUCGCGAAAUCAGCAUCUCUGACAAAUUCGUUUUCAACGUUGGCUUCUCGUGCAAUCUGGCGCGCAUCAAGAUCAAUCAGGUCGCAGCUCGCGUGGAGUCAGCCGCAGAACGGAAAGAGACAACAGAGAAAGUCGAGGAAGAGCGCAAGAAUCAAGUCGAAGCGUGCAUUGUGCGAGUAAUGAAAGAUCGCAAGACGAUGCCACACAACGAGCUCGUCACGGAAGUCAUUCGACAGCUAUCAAGCCGCUUCCAGCCCUCUCCAGCGUUGCUGAAGCGACGCAUUGAGAGUCUCAUAGACAGAGAAUAUCUUGAGCGCGCUGAGAACGCCAUGAAUGUGUACAACUACCUCGCUUAGAGCGCAAAGCUGCCCUCAUCGUAUCUCCACCCAGCACACGAUCAAGUCACUGAAACUUUACACACAAGCACUCGACCCCCAUACCUCUUGCUAGCUACUACGAAUGCCAUCCGUCACUAGUGCGAGUGUACGCGCACCCACGCAGCCAAUGAACGCAUGCACCCCUU